GCCCACCUAAUUAUACGCACCACACGCCUAUAAAGCCAACAAACCCGCAGAGGGGCUCAAGCCAGACAGCUCCUGCUUCCUCCUGGUCAAGUCUUAUCCGCCUCUCGUCACCAACCGCGUGCGCUCCACGCCUCCUCCAGGUCCAGGAAAGCGAGAGCUUCUGCAUAAGAUCAACGAAUCAAAGCGUGAUCAGCUCGGUGCCGAUCAAACUUCAACAACCAAGUUUCAUGUCUGAUCUCGACGUCCAGCUUCCAUCUGCCUUUGAUCCGUUUGCUGAGGCAAAUGCUGAGGACUCUGGUGCUGGUCCCGGUACAAAGGAUUAUGUGCAUGUGCGCAUCCAGCAACGCAACGGCAGAAAGAGUCUGACUACAGUCCAGGGACUGAAGAAAGAGUUCAGCUACAACAAGAUCCUCAAGGAUCUCAAGAAGGAGUUCUGCUGCAAUGGUACUGUAGUCCAGGAUCCAGAGCUCGGCCAGGUCAUUCAGCUCCAAGGUGAUCAGCGCAAGAAUGUUGCUACUUUCCUAGUUCAGGCUGGGAUUGCGAAGAAAGAGAACAUCAAGAUUCACGGGUUCUAAGGGACCUGUAAAUGCUUGUGCCCUAUAUUGUGCGCCUCCACAUAUUGGGAAGCUUGAAGCAGCGACAAUUACUAGUCAUUGCUUUCUUUAUAUAAGAACAUAAGAACUAUUGUUCUAUUGUCAAUUGUGUCUUGCUUGAUGCAAGUUGUGUUUUCGUCUCAUUGUUAUGUGCGGUCAGCAUAUGUGUAUGGCUUGUACUAUGGGUUAUUGCCAACUUAAUAAAAGUACUUUGUGUUUGGCUAUAAGA